AUGACACUUAAUAGCCCUCCAGUGAUAAUAUCUCACGGUAAAAGAAGACCAUUUGAUCAGGGAAAGCUUCGCAAGUAUCUUGAAUCUCUGGCAUUUGGCUUGGAUCUGAGAUUUAUAUCUAUCAAUGAAGUACUAGAUAAGGUUAAUCGAGGACUACCACCGGAGCUUACUGUUUCCGAACUUAUUGACUUUGUGGCAGAGACAUGUGCUUCCAUGACGAUAUAUCAUUACGAUUAUUCUAAUUUGGCUGCAAGAGUUCUCGAGAAACUGCUUCAAGACACCAUUUCGACCAGAUUCUCAGAGAACAUCGAGCUUUUAAGACGAUAUAUGCCUAAUAAUGGACGGAAAAAUUAUAAGCAUUUGAUAUCCGAACAACUAUUCAAGAUUGUUAUGAACCAUCAAGACGAGAUUGAUUUAGAAAUUGUUCCAGAAAGGGACUUCAAUAUUGACUAUUUUGGGUUUCGGACCCUGCAGAAGUCGUAUCUUCUUAAAAUCGAGAAUAAGUGUCAUGAAACUCCCCAGUUUCUUCUAAUGAGAGUUGCGUUAGCAUUACAUGGUGAAAACCUUAAAAAAGCGUUCGAGACUUAUCGACUCAUGUCCGAGAGAUAUCUUCUACAUGCAUCUCCGACUCUUUUCAAUGCAGGAACAGAGUUCCAGAACCUCUCUUCGUGCUUUUUAGUUGCAUUGGAAGAUGAUUCAUUGGAUGGAAUAUUUGAUACAGUUCACGAAUGUGCGAUGAUAUCUAAAGCUUCUGGAGGAAUUGGAGUUCACAUUAGUAACGUCCGUUCUUCAGGUACUUAUAUCUCCGGUACUAACGGUGUCUCGAGUGGGAUUGUUCCAAUGCUCAGAGUAUUUAAUAGUGUGUCUCAAUACGUUGAUCAGGGAGGAAAUAAACGUCCCGGUGCUAUCUGUGCCUAUCUUGAGCCGUGGCAUUCAGACGUCAUGGAGUUUCUGGAUAUGAGAAAGAAUUAUGGUAAAGAGGAAAUGCGUGCACGUGACCUAUUCUAUGCACUCUGGAUACCUGAUUUGUUUAUGAGACGGGUGAAGAAUGAUGAGAUAUGGAGUCUUUUCUCAGAAGAUACAUCUCCUGGACUCAGCGAUAAAUGGGGGUCUGAAUUUGACCAGUUAUAUAUUCGAUACGAGUCUGAAAAGAGAUUUAUUCGUCAAGUUAAAGCACGGAAAGUUUGGGAGAAGAUAUUGAUUUCUCAAUCGGAGACUGGUACACCAUUUUUACUUUAUAAAGAUGCAUGCAAUGCGAAAUCCAACCAAAAGAAUCUAGGAACGAUCAAAUCCUCGAAUUUAUGCUCUGAAAUUGUUGAAUAUUCGUCUAAAGAUGAGACUGCUGUUUGCAACUUGGGUUCAUUAGGAUUACCAAUGUACGUGGAAAUAGAUAGUGACGACCAGAAAGUUUUCAACUUGCAAAGGCUUCAUUCUGUGACUAAGGUUCUUGUCCGGAACUUAAAUCGAGUCAUUGAUGUCGGAGAUUAUCCUUUGAAGAAGUGUCGUGUUUCGAAUUUAAGGCAUAGACCUAUUGCAGUGGGAGUCCAGGGACUUGCAGAUGCAUUUUUGAAAAUGAAAUUGUCCUUUGGCUGUAAAGAGUCUCGAAGACUCAACAGGCAGAUCUUCCAGACUAUCUAUCAUGGAGCAUUAGAGGCUUCUAUGGAGCUUUCAAAGGAAGAGGGACCCUACCAGAGUUAUAGUGGAUCUCCAGUUUCUCAAGGAAUACUACAGUAUGACAUGUGGGAUGAUAAACCUGUUGAAACAGAUGACAUCUGGGAUUGGACUGCGCUCAAGAACCAAAUAUCCUGUUAUGGAGUGCGAAACUCGUUGCUUGUGGCCUUGAUGCCUACUGCGUCAACGUCUCAAAUCCUUGGAUUUUCCGAGUGUUUCGAACCAAUCACCUCUAACGUUUACACUCGUCGUGUCCUUUCGGGCGAACAUCAGGUGGUGAAUCGGUAUCUUAUUGACGAUUUGAUUGGUUUAGGGUUGUGGAACCCUGAAAUGAAGAAUGAGAUUAUAGCUGCCAACGGUUCCAUACAGGACAUACCAUCUAUUCCUGACUCUUUGAGAAAUAUGUAUAGAACGAUCUGGGAGAUAUCCCAGCGUGUUGUUAUAGAUAUGGCAGCAGAUCGGGCUCCUUACAUUGAUCAAUCACAGAGCAUGAAUCUCUUUUUAGAGAACUGCUCAAUGUCAAAGAUGACCAGUAUGCACUUCUACGCAUGGGAGAAAGGAUUGAAGACGGGAAUCUACUACUUGAGAACACAGGCUGCUUCCCAGGCUAUCAAGUUUACUAUUACACCUGAAAUGGAUCGAUCAGCCAAGCAUAGAAGAGCAGCAGCAGCAGCAGCAGGCCUUGUAUGCGAUUCACGAGAUCCAUCGUGCGAUUGUUGUUCGGGAUAA